AUGAACAUCACAUUCAGAGACGCACAUAUAUAUCAUAUAUAAGGUUGAAUUUUAAAUCCAUGUUGGUUAUGGUUUUAGUUAUGGUUAUGGUUACCUUACGCUAUGCAAUUUCGCUACCAUAGCAAACUUCACGCUUUUAUCUCUCUCUCUCUCUCUCUUAUUAUUAUUAUUAUUAUUAUUAUUACUAUCAUUAUUCUCGAAAUUCAACUUUCAUGAUAAUCCAGAAUCCUAAUUUGCGUGACCUAAUUGGCUUCAAAGAAGAACCAAACGCGGUUUGAUUUAGAUGUCUGGUUGUUCCGAUGAGGACGAUGUCCCAGACGGUUACCGCGACGGAGGCAGCGACGGCGACGACGACGAUUCCGAAAUCGGAAAGAGUGAGGUGCGCAGGAGAAGAAGAACGGGUUUCGGGAAGAGUAUGGGAAAGGCGGUUCUGCAGCAAUACACGAAGGCGAAGACGACACUGCGUAGAGUCAGAAGCAGAAAGGGUCUUGUUCCGAAAUCGCGUUGGGGGAACGAAGGUAACGUGAUUGUGGAGGGUGACAGUGGUGGAAGAGGGAGAGGGAGUGGGAGUGGGAGUUGGUGUAGGUUUUGCCUUUCGCGGCCCAAGGUGUUGGAGUCCCCUGACGAGUCUCCUACCAGUGAUCCCAAUAACCCUAAUUUCACUCGUCUUAUGCUCAAGAAUUUGAUUGAAAACAAUGAUUUCUAUUGCAAAGACUGCAACCCCCACUUGGAUUAGUUACUGUCGUUUGGGGGGUUGCAUCAAAUGGUAGAGCUGAUUGAGAGGUUGGAACAGUGUAAUGGCUAACCCUCAUUUGAAUUUUGUAUUCAUUUUGAGUAAUGUGGUACACAAGUUAUACACAGCCAACUUGCUGCCUUAUUACAGAUUAAAGAACUAAAUAGGUUUAUAUGGAUUGGAGAAUGUCAGAAUGAAAAACAAGGGUUUUAUUUGUAACAGAGGAUUGGUUUGGUGGAUCAAUUGCUGCUGUUGGAGAGGUUGAUGAUGAAUGUUGGAUUCUUUGACAUUCUCGAGGCUCUAUUUGUUCUCAAACGGAGAGGGGUGUACAUAUCAAUACUGAAAAGUUUUUGAAGCCUGCUAUUUUCGUAAUCAUUUUAUAGGUGUUGGGGCUUUUUGAUUGCUUCCUCUUGCAUACAAAUUUUUCAUCUGUCUCGUGAGAGGUCUUGAGUGAUUUUUUUUUUUCUUUUCUGAAUAGCAAUUUAAACACAAAUUGUUCUUCUCUGAUUCUUUUGAUAGUUCCUGCCCUCGCGCAUGUGUUUGAUGGUCUUUGGCAAUGGCUCCCAUUCUCGAGUCUGCAUAUAUUUGAAAAAGUUUAGAGAACUUGGGAAGCAAAAUUUACAAGUCGUUUUGUAUUGUAAAGAUGGACAAUGUUGGAUAAUAAUAGAUUGGUCUGGCAUAUGUUUGUUGCUAUAGAAGUUUUUUUUUUAAUACACUUUAUAUGUUUUCCGGCAUCAAUGGAUUGAGAAGUAGUAUACAUAAAUAGUAUUGUAUCUUCUCUUCCGGUUGUUGAGUUCUCUUUGGUUCCAUGCAAUUCUUCUCUACAUCGAACAAUUUUGUGCUCUCUUCUUUUUCAUUUGGAUGCUAAUAUCCAAUUUCAAGGGAUUGAAAUUGUGAACUUCUCUAAUUAAUGGGUUCAUUUCACAUACAUUUACAUCAA